AUGGGUAAACACCACGACGACUUAGAUAUCAUCAAAUUCAUUGUCAACUUCGAGGACGGCUCGCUGCGCGAGGUGCCAGUCGCAGACGUGGACGAGGUGAUUGUGUCCAUCCCCGAGGGCACCACCUACCAGAUGUCAAUUGUGUUCAAGGUGUCCAACAGAACGUUGAAGGGCUUGAAGUACAAGCAGGUUGUGAAGAAGGGCGGCAUUCCGCUCAAGACCAGAGAGCUCUACAUUGGCGAUGAGUUCGCGCCCAGCGAAGAGUACCACACCAAGCAGUUUGAGAAGGAUACCACCCCUUCAGGCUUCCUCUACAGAGGUAAAUUCCCUUCGACGUCGACCUACUUUGCCGGCGACGAGGAGCUCUUCACCUCUGACUGGACUUUGGAGGUGACCAAGAAGGCCUGA